AUGUUUUCGCUUGAUCGCACAUAUAUGAAUAAGUGUUUGUACCGUUCUUUCCUAAAGGAUGCCCUUAGACGGCAGCGUGACACUCUCAUCGACGAGUUUGAAGAGUACGAGGAAACCCACGACGUUGACUCGUAUCGCAUAGGCGCGUCUGUGGUUGAGAGAAAGGCCGCGGCUGACAGUGGAGAACCCACUGAACACAACCCAAAAUCGGAGAUAACCAAUGCGGAUGUGUUUAAAGCCUUUGGCAAGCGUGCUGCCCCUAAGGCUGCUGGGUUUGGUGGAGGUUUCGGAUCGAUGCGACGUUCACCGUAUGGCAAUGUCAACCGCAUGAACACCAGCAGAAGUCCUAGUAAGAAGGUCGAAACAGAGACCACCAAGUGUGCCAAG